AUGGCUGGCCGGACGUCAGUCAGGCACAUGUCGACACUCGAUCUAUCAUUCGCGUACCUACAUUAUGAUUACCUUUCUACUUCUGUUUGGAGCAGCAAGAUUCUGGUGUCUGGCAGCACCCCCAGGCGUUGCUACUGGCUGCAAGGAUGUCGACGCGCCAUGCGACAUUAUCACAUGGCUACUAACUUUGUCUCCGAAUGCGCACAUACCUACGGAGCUCCGGACCACGCAGCACAGGCCGAUUUCCACGCGGGCAGGCCGUUAGACGUUUGUCGACAUGUGGUUAUGGCCUCGGUGGACAACAUUUUAAUAUCCCUAACCUAUGGGGAUAACGGCACCUUCUCGAAGCGGGCGGUUUGCUUUGUACCUGCAUUAAUUAUUGGCUGCGAGGAAAAAAAAAUUUCGGGCACGUCUACAUAUGUCUUAGGUCCAGGUGGAAAAGAAAUUAUAAAUCAGACUGGGCACGUUUGA